UGCCGUACCUUCACAAUCUCCUUUUGUUUGCUAAUUUUGUUAGCGGCUAUCGCUAGGUGGGAAAAAAUGGCAGAAUAUUCAAAUGUAAAAUCAACUAAAUUGGUUUUGAAAGGUUUGAACAAAGGUAAAAAGAAGAAACCCAAAGAUAAGAAGAGAAAAGAGGAAGGAGACAAACCUGAUAUCAUUGGUGGUUGGUGGUGUGUCAGUGGUUUUGGAGAAAUUGCAGGAACAGUUGCCAUAGAAAUGCAGAACAACUCGUACAUCCAUGCCCUGGACACUGGGCUCUUCACACUUGGUGCACCCCACAAAGAUGAUGAAGGACCAGACCCCCCAGAACAGUUUUCUGCCAUCAAGCUCUCAGACACACGGAUAGCUUUAAAAUCUGGAUAUGGAAAGUACUUGGGCAUCAACUCUGAGGGUCUGGUGGUGGGGCGUUCUGAUGCUAUUGGCUCAAGAGAACAAUGGGAACCAGUCUUCCAGGAUCGCAAAAUGGCUCUCAUGGCAGCAAAUAGCUGUUUCAUCUCAUAUAGUGACGGGGGGGACAUUGUGGCUGAAAGCAAGACAGCAGGGGACGGCGAGAUGCUAAAGAUCCGAACAAACACAGAACGGGAGGUCAAGCAGAAAGAUGAUAUUGCAGAUGAGGACAGAGGCAAUGUGAAAUCCUGCGAGGUCAAUUAUGUGAAGAAGUUUCAGAGCUUUCAAGACAGGCGGCUGAGGGUUAAUGAAGAUGACUCGUCGACUCUGAAGAAAGCAAGGACGGAUGGAAAGUUUCACGAAGCCUUGCUUGACAGGAGAAGCAAAAUGAAAGCGGACAGAUACUGCAAAUGAAGCUUUGGUGGACUGCUGCUUCGUCUUGUAAACGUUUUGCUCUUGUAAUUGUGGUUAUUUGAAAUGGACGUUUUACUUUUUUAUAUAUA